ACACUCCCCUCUCUCAGUUACAUGCACAGUCACACACAUAUACCACACGCACACAUCACAACCACUACCACCGCUGCUGCUGCUGCUGCCACCACUACCACACACACAUACACUGAGACACAGUGACGGCUGCCAGGCGCAGUGGGAAGCAAGCCGUCAGGGGAGAGAGAGCUUGAGAAGAAAGAGAGGGAUUGCAGAGAAGAAAAGAGAAGAGAGUUGGAGGAGGCACCUUGUGGAUCAGGAGGGAUUUUCCUCAGUGUGAGUGCGCGUCUGGAUAAGGCUAUCUCCUUCUUCCCUGAGCGUGAGGACUUUUUAACCGUGGCUUUUCCUUUUUAUUUUUGCUCAUCCUCCACGCCGGGCUCCUGCCGUAUCUACCUAUUUAUCCCCGGAGCUUAACAAAAGAGGGAGAGAGUGAGAGAGUGAGGAAAAAAGGCAGUCACAGCUUCAGCUCCAGACCACCCUCUCUCCUCCUCCUCCUCCUCCUCGUCCUCCUCGUCCUCCUCCUCCUCCUCCUCCUCCACCACCUCUCUCCAAGCUCUACAUCCAUCCGUGAGUUCACCGCUGAUUUAACUGUCUUGUAAGGAAUUGAGAGCAGAGGACAGUGUGUGUUCUCCAGGAUACAGCCCAGCUCCCCGUGGGAUUGGGGUCUCGUCUGGAGCGAGAAACACAGAGAGGGAGGAAGAACGAGACGGGGAAACGGAUACACAGGAAGAGAGAUAGAGACGCCAAGAGAGACAGAGAGAGAGAGUGAGACACAAGUGAGAAAAGCAAAAUUGAGGGGCAUGUUCAGGGCAGCCGAGAAGAAGAAGAAGUAGUCUGGUUUUUAGAGCGGAGAGAGCAAGGAACCGGCAACCAGAUCCCAUCCCUUCCUCCCUCCCUCCUCUUCUUCUUCCCCUCUCCUUCUAACCUCUCUCCAUCCUGCUCUUCAAUCCCCCCUAUUGUUUCCUGUAUUUGCCUCCUUCUAUCCUUUUAUAUCUUCCCUCCCUCCCCUGCCACUCCGGAUUCCCUUCGUCUCUUUUCCAGACCCUGGGGAAGAAUGGUUUUGUGAGCUCCCAGACAAGCAGACAGACUAAAAACCCCCAAGUACCAUCCAUCCCUUCUUCUGUGGUCUGUCACACAAACACUCCAAUAAGAGGAGAGCGUGCUUGUGCUUGUUCUGCAUCCUCCACUCUUGGAAUCAGUCGUCUGAAGGAUCCAGGCCAGUCUGCCAGCCCUCUCGGAGAGAUCGUACCCCCACACCUGCAAGCUUCCUCAUCCCCAGCCUCCAGCAACCUUCAGUCGGAUUCCAGCUACAUGGGAAAACGUUUGGAGCAGCAGCCAAUGUACCCCCACUACACCUACUACUACCCCCACUAUCUCCAGACCAAGCAGUCCUAUGCUCCUCCCCCUCCGCCCAUGGCUCCACCCAGCCCUGGCACCACUGGAGGAGGAGGAGGAGGAGGUGGUGGUGGAGGAGGGCAUGGAGGAGGACAUGGAGGAGGGUUAAUGGAGCAGCUCAGUAAGACCAACCUGUACAUCAGAGGCCUGCCGCCUGCCACCACAGACCAGGAUCUCAUCAAACUCUGCCAGCCGUAA